UUUAUAAUCUUCCCUUGUUUUUCUCAUCCAAAACCGCCACCCCAACGGAAACCGAGUGCUUCCAAAUGCUGCAAACCAUGGGCUUCUGAUCGCUUUCCCUUCUCACUCAAUUUGCGUAUAUAUCAUUCACGUUUUGCUCGCUCCUUGUCACCCUCUAGGGUUAGGGUUUCCUCGAACAUAUCGCCCCUCUAAAUUUCGCUGUGCUGUCGUCAUCAUCAUCACCAUCAUGUACUGUUAGAGGAGAGACACCGAAGAUGUCGUCCAACACUCACUCUCCGUGCGCCGCGUGCAAGUUUCUACGGCGGAAAUGCACGCAGGAGUGCGUUUUCGCGCCGUACUUCCCGCCGGACCAACCCCAGAAAUUCGCCAACGUCCACCGUGUGUACGGCGCGAGCAACGUGGCCAAGAUCCUCAACGAGCUCAACGCCGCCCACCGUGAGGACGCCGUGACGUCACUGGCCUAUGAGGCGGAGGCUCGCCUCCGGGACCCCGUGUACGGCUGCGUGGGGCUCAUCUCCAUCCUCCAGAACAGGCUCAAGCAGCUCCAGACGGAUCUCUACAAUGCCAAGAAGGAUCUCUCGACCUACAUUGGCCCUCAAGCGCUGAUGAUUCCAGUGUUCCAUCCGCAGCAGCCGGAGAUGAAUGGGGGUGGCACUAUGUCUGUCCCCAUGUUGGGAGUCCCAACUGGACCCCAGCAGGGCGGACUUGCUGGGGGACAGUUGGUGAUUAGGGAUCAGCAGCAGCAGCAGCAGAUGUUUGAGGCUCAGCAGCAGGAGUUGGUGAGGUUCAAUGUGAAUGGGAUGGACAAUGGAAAUGGGUUUAAUCAGAUGGCUGGAGGAGGCGGUAGUGGUGGUGGAGGUAGUAAUGGUGUGGUGUCAGCUGGCUCGUUGGGUCUGGGAGGUUUUGAUAACAAUGCUUUCAAUAACCAGAUGCAAGCUGCGGCCGCUGCACAUCAUCAUCAGCAUUCUCUUGACUAUCAGCUUCAGGCUCAACUCAUGCUCCAACCACAGCAGCAAUCGCAGCCGAAAUCAGAGGGUGAGGAGAGUUGAUGAUCAUCUCCUGCCUAUAAGUUUCAAUAAACAAUGUCACAUCCUUGUUUAAUUUGUAUGCCCAGCCCACAGAUGAAGGUACAUGCUGAAGAGACAUCCAUGUAGAUUCCGUACUGGAAGAUGUGAGAGUGUAGGAUAAUGUGAGAGGAUAAACUGGGUUUGAGUUUAAACAAAGACUUGAACUCUUUAGCGAUGAUGCGAUUCAAAAGUAAAACUUAUGUGAAUCGUUUAGCAAAGACUUUCUUGCAUCCUCGAUCAUUCUCUAUAAAAACCAUGUCUAGGCUCCUUCUUUUUUUCUAUUUAUUGAUGUUGUUUGCAUUGUUGGUUAUAAUUACAAGUGUUGUGGUUGUUGUUAUUUGAUAUUAAGCAGUAAUGAUGUAGCACUUUCCAAUAUAUGCAUGAAUAAUUACUGAUGCAGGAUGCAGUAGUUAUUUG